AUGUCACCCAACAGAACCUAUACUGUGUCUGGAAGCAGCUCCGUCUUCCCUAUGCCACCCAACAGAACCUAUACUGUGUCUGGCAGUGACUCAGUCUUCAGUAUGCCAUCCAGCAUAAGCUACCCAUCAUCUGGAAGUGACUCAGGCUACUUCAGUAUGUCACCCAACAGAACCUAUACGGUGUCUGGAAGCAGCUCUGGCUCCAGUAUGCCAUCCAGCAUAAGCUAUCCUUCGUCUGGAAGCGACUCAGGCUACUUCAGUAUGACACCAGGCAGAACCUAUACUGUGUCUGAAAGCGACCUAUCCGCCGACUCCUUCCGGCAGCCCCAAGGACCCAUUUCGCCCCGUGGUCCUAUUCCUGCUCUUGGUGAGCGUUUUGUUGCCUUUCAACCCCAAGGAGCCAGUACACCUCGUGGGCCUCCUCCUGAUGGACACUGGGGAGGGCCAAGGAACAGAACUUAUACUGUGUCUGGAAGCGACUCAGGCUCCAGUAUGCCAUCCAGCGCAAGCUAUUCUUCAUAUGGAAGUGACUCAGGCUACUUCAGUAUGUCACCCAACAGAACCUAUACUGUGUCUGGCAGCGACUCAGGCUCCAGAAUGCCAUCCAGCAUAUACUAUUCCUUGUCUGGGAGCGACUCAGGCUACUUCAGUAUGUCUUCCAGCGCAUGA